AUGUCCACCGAAUCAGCUGCCGAAUUUCCCCUCGAUGCGUUCCUCCGCAUGGCCGCUGCCGCCGGCCUGGAUACUUCCGAUGCCGAGCGGAUGGAGGACUUGCACCGGCGUGUACAAAUGAUGCGCAGCGGAAUCAGCAGCCUAUACGAGAUCGACGUCAGCGAUGCAGAAUCGCCGUCUGCCUUCAUCGCUGCCUCGGAGAAACACGCCCGUGCUGCUCGAAUUGAAUUGCAUUAUAUGUCGGCAUGGGAAUUGUCCGGCCUGAUUCGCGACCGCGAAAUCUCUCCGGUGGACGUGGUUGACGCCUGUCUGGACCGCAUUGAAGCCACCGAGCCGACGCUAAAUUCCUUCAUAACGCUGAUUCCGGAACAGGCCCGCGCCGCCGCCCGGCGCGCCGAGCAGGACAUAGGGCGCGGCAACUACCGGGGCCCAUUGCACGGCAUUCCAGUCGGCCUCAAAGACUUGUUCCACACUGCCGGCGUCCGCACGACCUCGGGCCCCCGUAUCUACGACACCCACGUGCCAACGCAGGAUUGCACCGUCGCCACCAGGUUCAGCGAGGCUGGCGCGAUACUGCUGGGCAAGCUCAAUAUGCACCCACUCGCCUUCGGCCCCACGGGAGAAAACGCUGACUACGGCCAUAUGCACAACCCUGGAACCCGGAGCGCAUUAACGGCGGUUCCAGCGGCGGCAGCGGUUCGGCAACCGCCGCCGGCCAAUGCACCAUCACGAUGGGUAGCGACACCGGCGGCAGCGUUCGCAUUCCCGCCGCCCUGUGCGGAAUCGUGGGACUGA